GUUGGUGGAGGAAGUGUGGCGGAAGGGGGAUGAGGUGGUCGAGGUGGUGUUGAUGUCGGGGUUUUAUCUCGGGACUGCGGCAGAUUCUCGGCUCUAGAGCAGCAUGUCGCUCCCGCGGAGCUCCGCCCUCCGCGCGCUCACCGCCGCCGCCGCGCUGCUCGCGCUCUCCGCCGCAGCCGCCGCCGCGUUCAGCCCGGGAGCCGACAGCGAGCUCACCUUCGUACUUCCGGCCGGACACACCGAGUGCUUCUACCAGAGCGCCGCGCGCAACGGUACCAUGGAGGUGGAGUACCAGGUGAUUGCUGGAGCAGGUAUGGAUGUAGAUUUCUCCAUCAUCUCUCCUCAUGGAGUCCAGCUGGUCUCAGAGUUCAGACGCUCAGACGGUGUUCACAUGGUGGAGCCGACGGAGGAGGGGGAUUAUCAGUUCUGCUUUGAUAACAGCUUCAGCCGAUUCUCCGAGAAGAUGGUUUUCUUCGAGGUCAUUCUGGAGAGCUCGGCCAAUGACGCGGGGGCAGACGACGAGUGGGCGGGGCUUGGAGAGACUGAGAACCUGUUAGAAUACAAACUGGAGGAUAUCAGGGAGUCGAUGGAUUCCGUGCAUCGUCACCUGGAGAGAAGUCGUCAGAUGCAGACGGUCCUGCGGGCGUUCGAAGCUCGAGACCGGAACCUGCUGGAGGAUAACCUGUGGCGGGUCUCCUUCUGGUCCUGUACCUCUCUGAUGGUGAUGCUGGUGGUGGCCUUCACUCAGGUUUACACGGUGCGCCGUCUGUUCGACGAUAAGAGGAGGAUCAGCUCCUGAGGAACCUGGACUUCCAUUCAAAUUUAUCUUUAUUUUUGUUUGUAUUUUUGUUUAUUUUGUUUAUCUUUUUUUUUUUUUUUUACUUUUCUGGCAUUUUUUGGAGACGACGGGUCAGUUUAUGCAAAAGUUUGGGCACCUUUUUACGACUUUUCUGCUGUGAAGGUGUUGGAACCGGUAGACAUGGGUGGAUUUCACUGUGGUAAUCAAUUGGUUAGUCCUCAAAAUUACUGAUCACAUGAUCUUCUGAUUGGCCGGUGUGGAUAAGGGUUGCAACCCCUGCUCUAUAUUUAGGUAAAUCUAUUUUAUUUCUGUUUAAUUACUGAAUUUAACACACAUUCACAUUUACACUGAUUAAUAGGGGUGUUCACGAUUCGAUUCACGAUUCGAUUUUCUCACAAUAUUUGGAACAAAUUUGGAAUGACAAAAAAAAGGAGAUUUUUUCUUCUUUUUAUUUUUUAAGUGUAAAAUCUAAAAUAAAAAUGCACCUUCUAUAAAUGUUUCCUAAACAAACUACUGUGCUGUUUUAUUUCUUAUCAAUUAUUAAUUAGGGCAAUCUACAGUGAAAAUAUAAUUGUCUAAGGAAAUAUGCUUCAUUGCUCUACUUAAAUAGGUUUUUGUGUAUCUUCACCAAAGUAUUUCUGUUUUUUGGUGACUUUUUACCAUAUUUUUUGCACUAUAAGGAGCAAUCCUUUGAUUUUUUCCAAAAAUCGACAAAAUGCGAUACUUUAAUUUGGCUGCAUUCAAAAUUGAAACAUCAUCUUACUUUUCACUUUCCACUACAUUUAUAUUGGAAAUCUGUUGAUCCUUUCAGCUUUUCAAAAAAUUAAAAAAACUAAAUACUUUGAGUUCAAAAAUUAUUCAAAAAUGACUUGCUUAUCCUUCGCCCUUAGCUUACGCCCACUGGCUCUCCUGCCUGCACUAGUGAGAAAAUGACCUCUGGUUUUCAAACGAUGCAAAUGCGUAACAUUUCAUAAAGAGAACAUGAAAUUGUACGUUCCAAUGAUGCACAUCGUCCAAUUUGCUUAAUUAAUACUUUUUUACACCACUAUUAAUCAAAAAUUACAUUAUGAAAUUGUUGCCCUCACCACUACUGAUAAAGGACUAGAUUCUGAGCUUCUAUCUCUGACUGUACUUUAUCAUCUACGAGGAGAAAUAGCUCGAAAAAUAACAGGAUAAUCAGUGUAGAAAUAUUUAUAAAAUCACGAUGCUCUUCUUGAUCAGUGUAAAUGUAUAAUAAUGUUAUAUAAACUAGUGAAUAUAAACAGGUGGUGCCCAAACUUUUGCUGUUAGCUGUGUUUGUGUAUAUUAGCACUAUAAUGCUCUGCGGUGCUUCUGAUGGGAUGUGUUGAACAGAAGCAGCUUUAAAGGCUUUAAGGAGAAACAUCUGCAGGACUUUAUACAGCAGGACUUCAGGACUAUAAACUCUGUUGGUGAACGUUGAGGUUUUACUGCAGUUUACUCACUUUCUGACCACAUUUACUGGCUUUAAAAGCUAUCUUUAAUUUGGUUUAUCAUUCAAAAUCCAGGCCUAAUUCACCAGUAAUGCGUCCAAAUGUCUUCAAUUCUAAUGAAUUUUCAAUUUAAACACGUUAAAAAAGUGUAAUUUUACUGUAUAAUGCAGUAAAUUACAGUAUAUUUCAAUUAAUUAAUGAAUGAACAAAUAAUAACAAUUCAAAAUGGUACUGUACAAUAAUUAUAAAUGUUACAUUUAAUUGUGAUAUUUGCAUUUCUUACAUAUAAUAGGUAAAAUUGUGUUUACAUUAAUUGAGCCCUUUCAACAAUUAACAACAUACAGUACUGACCGUUUCUACUUUUUGGGAGAAAUUCUUUAAUCUUAGUAAUCAUUUUUACACAAAAUCUAAACUGUUAUUUAUUUAAAAUAGGGAUGCACUGAUGUGGGAGUUUUUUGUACAACUUACGUUUAUAAUUACACACCUUGGUAUAACUUUAAAAACAAAUGUAAUAAAUAAUGCAUUUUAUUUUAGCUUUCAACUGACGGUAAAAUGAAAGGAAUGUACUAAGAAAUUAGUUUU